GAAAUGGGCAAAAAGACAAAAAAAAGACAAAAAUAGCAAGUGGGCAUUACGUAAGGGAGCAGUUCUCAGCUGCUCUCUUUUCUGUCACUUCUCCUCUUUUCAACAACAGUAAACAGAGUUAUGAGUGUUUCCUGUCAGGGACAUUUGAUACUUGAUAGUAAGGGGUUUUUUCCUGCCACAGGUGAGCUUUGGUUUCCUGAACAACCUCCUGCGUGUCAUCAAGGACAUGUUGGAGAUUAGUGAGGGUGGCGGGCCCACCCUGCUGGAGCUGCUGAGCAAGGCUUUCAGGGAGAGCGUUUGUCACUGCCUGCAGAAGUACUGCCUCAACUACUCCACGGCUCUGCUUUAUCUGGACAGCCUGAAGUCCCGGGAGGACUUUGGAUGCUACGUGAAGUGGUGUGAGAGGAACGAGCAGUGCCGGAGGCUGCAACUGCGUGACCUGCUGGUGGUGCCGCUGCAGAGGCUAACUCGAUAUCCGCUGCUGCUGCGGAAUAUUACAAAGAGAUGCCAGGCGGAGGACGAGACCAGAGGCCUGCAGGUUAUCGCGGAGCAAGUGGACACAUCUAUAUGUGAUUUAGAAGGAAAGGUGAAGUGGCUCGACAACUACCAGAAGGUGAAACAGCUGAGAGACGCCCUGGUGUGGCUUCCUGUGUGGGAGAGAGACAAGCCCUUCGUCCCUGAGAACCUGAAACAUCUGUUAAAGGCCGUCACUCUGGAGAAUCUCAUCUCUCACAGAAGUCUGCUGCACGACGGGAAACUGGUGCUCGUAGAGAACACGAAGCUGGUCGACGUUUACCUGUUCCUGUUCGAUGAAUUCCUGCUGAUCACAAAGAUAAAGAGGAACAAGAAGAGGUCCGUCGGUCCUGAGCAGAAUCCUCUGAGGCCGCCUCUGAACAUGGAGCUGGGCCAGCUGCUGAAGGAGGGGUCCACCUUCACAGUUCUGGACCAGCCCGUCUCCCUGGACCGACUUCAGCUGAAGAACAUCGAUCAGCUCAACGCAUCCACAUCAGGUCUGCCUCAUUCAUUCAUCAUCAUGCACCAGAACCGCUACCAGCAGUGUAUCGGCGUGUUCAUCCUGCAGGCUGCAUCAGAAGCUGCCAAGAGAGUGUGGAUGUCAAAGAUAGAGGGCGCUGUGACGGCGCUGCUGAAGCUGGACUCUGAGCAGCCGCGGGUCAAGAGCUCCUCCCUGUGGCUGGAGUCGUCACAGAUCUGAACCAUCAUCAACUCCUCUGCUGUCAACGUGCACUUCACUGUCUCCUGCCGCUCUGUAAAUAACAGUACCAGCACUAGAAUCCUUUUUUCAAACUAAAUGUUUUGCCUUUAAUGGCAGCUGCUGCAUUAGUGUAAAAUAAAUAUCUGAUUAUAUUUUCAAA